GCGGCUGCAGGUGGCGCGGGAAAACUCUGCGCUCCGUUAAAACACCAAUUCAAACCCGCAGUCGGUGUGUGUGUGUGUGUGCGCGCGUGUUUCCUCUCUCUUCAGGAUCUUUUCAGAAUGACAUCCCUGGGUAACGUCUGCUUCCUCGUGCCUGUUGCUUUCCAUCUCUUGUUGGUGCCCAGCUUCAGCUCCAUGGCAGCUGCUAGAAGGUGUAGCUCCAUCUACAAGGGCUUUGCCCAGUGUCUUCUGGCCCUGGGGGACAGCUUGUCUGUCAGCAGCCAAAGAGAAGAGGACAUGCAUGAGAUCGACUCAGUCUGCAGAUCAUGGGAUGAUUUUCAUGACUGUGCAAACUUGGCCAUGGCUGGCUGCCCUGAUGAAGCCGCUGCUGUGUGGGAGUCCCUGAGACAAGAGUCGAAAAAGAUGCAAUUUGCAGGUAACCUGUACGAAAUGUGCUCUGGUCGCAGCCAAUCGGCAGCUGACACAGGGGACCGGAACCCAGAUGAGACCAAUCAAGAGUCUCUAAAAGGAAAGACCAGUCAUUUAAGCAUAGGCCAAGGCCUCCUUCUCCCCACAUGCUUGUGUUUAUUUUUCCUCUACUUUUGGAUAUAAACCAAGACAUACUGUUUCAAGAGGCGUGCAGUGGAAUGUAAUUUAUUACCGAUGGACUGACGUGUGAUGUUGACAUUUCCUAAAAAGUAACAACUUGUAAAUAACACUUCUUUUUUUUUCUGUAAAAAAAAAAAAAAAAGCAUGAUUUUGAACAAAAAUCUACACAUGUAUAGUGCCCUUUAGAAUUAUUGGCACAUUCAUGAAAAUAAGCAAAAAAGAAUGUAUAACAAGAAUAGCACAUGCAAUAAGUGAUCUACAGUAUGGAGUUAAAACAUUAAAGGGCAUUGUGUAGUUUUAUUUAAACAUGCUUGUUUGUUUUUUUGUUUUUGUUUUUUUCAAACACAGUAGUGCAAUAUUUUUCUACAAGACAUUG